CUCGGACUUGAUCGCCGAAAGAAAAAGGCGCACUUGUGUGGAAAACAAGCCGGUCUGGUGGGAAGAGAACAUCGCUUCGCGGUCAUGAACUUCUAAGGGUGGUCAGCCACUUUUAUAUCCUGAGAUUGUUCCGUAGCAGUGGAGCAUGAGGAAGCCUGCGCCGCAGAAAGCUAUAGAGUGGAAAGAUGCAAGAAAGAUCAAGCACGCUCGGAGUGGACGGCCCUCCCGGUUGCCUUCCCUGUUCCAAGGCCAUUUCAGUUGGGAGAAGUACCUCAAAGAGACAGGCGCCAGUGCAGCACCUGCGUCAUGCUUCCGUCAGAGCCUUACGCCGCCCGUUAAUGAGUUCAAAGCCGGCAUGAAACUGGAGGCUCAGGACCCGCGCAACACCACGUCCACCUGCAUCGCCACGGUGGUGGGCCUGACGGGGUCGCGGCUCCGCCUGCGCCUCGACGGCUCCGACAACAAGAACGACUUCUGGCGCCUGGUGGACUCGUCCGAGAUCCAACCCAUUGGCAACUGUGAGAAGAGCGGCGGGAUGUUGCAGCCCCCGCUUGGUUUCCGUCUAAACGCAUCCUCCUGGCCCUUGUUUCUUCUGAAGACACUAAAUGGUGCUGAGAUGGCGCCUCCGCGCAUCUUUCACAAGCAGGAGCCCCCCGCGCCAGAGCAGAACUCCUUCCAAGUGGGCAUGAAACUGGAGGCGGUGGACCGCAAAAACCCUCACUUCAUCUGCCCGGCCACUGUGGGCGCUCUGCGCGGAGUGGAGGUGCAGGUCACUUUUGACGGCUGGCGGGGGGCCUUCGACUACUACUGCCGCUACGACUCGCGCGACAUCUUCCCGGUUGGCUGGUGCGCACGCACCGGGGACAAUCUGCAGCCGCCCGGAACAAAAGCUGUGAUGCCAAAGACCAGCGGACCGUUAACGGACGGGGCCGUCGAGACCUCGGCCGUGCACACGACCCCCGCGGUAAGCAAAGGCGGCGGUCAGAGGGGCCGCAAACCCGGACGGCGAAAAGUCAAGGGCUCUUGGAGUCAAAAGGCCUCAGCCUUGGGACCGCCAAGCAUCCAGACGGAGAAAAGCCUGGAGCCCGUUAAGAUCCCCAAGAAACGAGGACCCAAACCGGGACGUAAGUUGGGCUGGGUGAAGAGAGCCAGCUUCUUGCCAGACGCCACGGCCGGGCCCGGGCGGCCUACGACGGCUCCGGGACGACCCCGCGGCAGAGUACCGGUCAACUGGGUGCAGAGGUUAGCCCUGCCGCAGACGCAGGACGCACCCAUCAAGAUUCCAAAGAAAAGAGGGCCAAAGCCUGGCAGCAAGAGAAAACCUCGCCUGGUGCCUCACCCGGUCCCCACGUCUCCCACCAGCAGCACCCCAGAGCCCGACACCAGCACUGUGCCGCUCGACAAUGCCACCAUCCCCAAAUUUGCACUACAAGCACCUACAGUAUGUGUCUACCUAAACAAGUAUGGCAAGGUCGGUCCCCAUCUGAACCAGCAGCGCAUCCAGCAGCUGCCGGACCACUUUGGGCCCGCCCAGGCGUCGUCUGUGCUUCAGCAGUGCGUCCAAGCCUGCAUUGACUCCGCCCACAACCAGGCCAGCGUCUUCUCCUGCCUUAAGCCCGGCCAGGGCGGUGAAGUCAUUUCAGCCUUCUUCGAGAAGCAGCAGCACACGCUGACGCUGCCCACCGCCAGCAGUGUCACCUACGUCCUCCGCUUCCUGGAGAAGCUCUGCCACAAUCUACACUGCGACCCGCUUUUUGGCAGUCAGCCUGUGGCCAGAGAAAGCCUGCAUUACGACAGACGCACCUUCAUUACAGGGGAGCCCCCUGUUGCGGCGACGUUGGAACAUUUAAAGACGAGCCCCCUCUCCCCGAGCUCGUUAACGCCAACGUCGGGGAUCCGUGUGCAUCGUGCCAGCUCGUCGGGAUCAAGUUGUUUUGGGGAGGGCACCAAAUCUGGCGGUCAGGAUCCCAACCUGUGGAGCGUCGACGACGUCAUGCGCUACAUCAAAGACAUCGACCCCGUGCUGGCACCGCACGCCGACCUGUUCAGGAAACACGAAAUCGACGGCAAGGCGCUGUUGCUGUUGCGCAGCGACACGAUGAUGAAGUAUAUGGGCUUGAAGCUGGGCCCCGCCCUCAAACUCACCUUUCACAUCGACAGGCUCAAACGAGCCUGAGCGCAGGAGGAGCCCGAUGUUCCGCAGAUUUGCCUUCCAAAGGUCUUCGCUCACUUCCAGGAGCACGAUUUGACUCGUUGCGUAUAUCGGCCGCCAUCUUUGGAACCACGUCCACCUCAUCCAAUGAGGACAUUGAUUUCGUGUAGCACAAUCCAGCCCCAAGGCAGCAUGGGAUAUGUCUUGAGUCUUUUUUUGUUUGUUUGUUUGUUUGUUUGUUUUUAUGACAAUUACACAUCAAAAUGGGCUUUUUUUAAUAGCCUGAUUGUACAUUUUCACCUUUUAUACUUUUAAUAUAAUGUGUUUUGCCUUUUUGUUGGAGAACGUUUACUGAUAUAAUCACUACGUUCGGUGCAAAGAGCUGGCAGUGCUUGUAACAAAUGUCUCUUUAGAGACGCACACAACCACAACAAUAAUAACUAUGGCCAGAGGAAUUUGCUUUUUAUCGCUAAAUGACAAACUAUAACCAUUCUGCCGUGACAACAUCUGUCGUUUCUUGUUAUCUGUCUCAUUUACAUUGGUCAUUUGUACUUAUUAAAAAAAAAAAGUUUUGAUACGAUAUUAGAGUUCCUACUUGAAGACUAUCACCUGUUAACACUGUUUAAUAAAUAUAUAAUGUAACUUUUAA